AUGUAUUUGUAUUGUUAUAUGUGUGGCCCACCAUCAACAGAAAGAUCUGUAAGGGAAGUAAAAGCUGAAAGUACAAACCAAUGUGUCAUAGUGCCACUUGUUCACAUGAAAUGUUUGAAGGCAAGAAUAUCCACUACUCUAACGUUGACAACAAACCCUUGUGUUCCUUCAGCGUUAAGGUACUGUAACAACCACAUGCAGGUGCUGGGGAUGAUUCCAAAGAAAAAACGGAAAGAGAAAAAGGAAACGGGCAAUAAUAAAAUAAAUAACAAAGAAUCAAAACUGUCUUUCGCAGAUCGUGUGAAGACAAAGUUCAACAGUCGGAAAAAUGAUGUGGAUAAUUCUAAAAAUGAAAAUAUUACUGUCAAUGUGGAGGAUCCUUAUGAUCCGUAUGCGUUUUCUGAUCCUGUUUCAGAACCGCCGUGCAUGUUAUCGAACAGUACAUGUAGCAGUAGUAGCUUGCCUAGUCCGAACACUGAUUCUGUACGAUCCGUGCCGCAGAGUCCGGGUCAAUCGUCCAAUAGACCACCUUCAAAUGAAGGUAUGUCUUCGAUCGCAAAACUAUAUCCGGAACUCGCAGAGAAAUUGGAGAAAAUCAAACCUAAGAGUGUGGAACCCAAAGUGAAAAGUCGAAUGAGGAAUACUCACAACAUGAAAUUCAACAAGUUACAGACUAAAAUUGCUCAAAAUCGCAUCAAGGACAAACUUCGUAAACAAGAAACGAGUCAGUUCUUAACGGAGGGAAUUAAUAUGCUUCAAACCAGAUCUGAUCUCGAUCUUCCAUUAACGUUAAAUAACUCCAAUCAUCAGAACCCUGCACUCCCUACUAGUAUACCUCCAUUUAAUGGAACAGGAAUCCCUCACAGACCAGUUGCCCCCCACAGAACCAUUGCCCCUCCCCAAAAUUUACAUCCUACCCACAGUCUUGGAUAUAAAACAACAGUGACUCCAGGAUUAACUGUGUCUGACCCCCUGGGGAUUCCUCCUCCUCCAUACCCAGGGGUCGGUCCGAAUCAGAAUUAUAAUAUACCGUCAAUAGCGCCACCUAUGGUGUUGCCGAAUAGUGACAACCAUCUUUCUGUGAUUACAGCACCAUCUAUGUCUACGUUACGAACUGCACCAGGACCCAUUACGUGUCCCACAAACUUUCAACUGCCCCCACCCCCUCCUUACGUUUCCCCCAAACAACCAAAGAAACCCCCUUCCCCUGUGUUACCAGUAUUAUGUAAGAAGCCUCAGAGAUUAAAAUGUGUAUUGUUUGAAAAAGAAGCCCGACAGAAAUUGAAAACGGACAGUUGUGUGAGAUAUUAUUCAUAUCAUGCCAAACGGAAAAUUAACAACCAUAUUUACAUCAAUCAUGGGAUCUGUAGUUCAGAUGAGUCGAGUUCGGACGAUGAGGAUAGUGAUAUGUUACCAUGGCAACCUAAUUGGUUCUCGGCCUCGUCAGACGAUGAUAAUAACGAUGACGAGGAAGAGGAAGAAGACCCUAGUGAUAUACCAAUACAUAUCCGAGCAACUAAACUGGCGUUAUUGAGAGCCAGAUUACGACGUCAGUGUCAUCAAUGUCGAUCAGCCACUCGGAGUAAUACAACAGUGAAGAAGACAAACAACUCGGAAAUCCUGGCUCUGAUUCAAGCAGCGAAGGAAGAGCCAAGGGCGUCUGUUCGUUGUUUACAAGAAAUUCUCAGGAAACCUAAAAAGAAAAUUCACAGGAGUAAAUAUCGAGGUUUAGAGAAGAGAAGAUGUGGAUAUAAAAAUAAUGAAGAAAUACAAUGUAUCAAUAAUGUCCUACCCUAUACCAAUCAUUGUAUUAAACAUCAACAACUGUUUGACUAUUGUACGGCUAAAUUCGCUGAUAACACCCAGUGUUGUGUCCCUAUAUUCGAUAUCAAACACGAAUUACCUCUCUGUCAUGAACACGGCGCUAAAGCUGAUAACUAUCAGAAGAUUCAGGUAGCAGAAGUACGAAAACGACCACGUAAAAAAUCUAAACCUCCAGCCCUAUCACGGCCCCCCAAGAAAAAUAAAAAGAAGAAGAAAGGGAGAGCUGUCCGUCCUCAAAAACCAAUUCCUCCUUCCUCACCCACUGGAGAUAUCAGUAUGCCUGAUGAAGAACCUGUACCAGAAAUCAAUAUUACAACAGAUGAAGAGAAGGCUAGUUCGUCAGUCAGUAAACCUGAAGAGAGGCUGUCCCUCCCGUCUACUAGUUCUACUGAUAAUACUAAUAACUCCAGUCAGAAGGAAGAGAAGAUGAUAGACAAUAAUCUGCAGGGUGUCGAUCUUGAGGAAACUUUUAGACAUGUGAUAGAUAAGAAUUUUGGAGAGUUACCACUAGAACAGGCGUCAAGGUUAUUGGAAGAGCAAGAUUUCCAGGAAGUCUUCAACAAAAUUCCAGAUGAAGCAUUUGAUAUUUUCUCUAGUAAAAACGAUCCUACUGCUGAAGAGACGGAAGAAUUAGAAAGGGCUCUGGCAGCAGCUAGUAGUGAUAUCCAUGCUGCCAAGGAAACACUGGAACAGUUGGUGAAAGGGGAAAUCUCGAUAGAUGAUAUCGGAGAGGAACUGACGUCAAUUUUAGCCGCAACGCUACAACAAAACUUACAACAAGAACAACAGCAACAGUCAGAUUUAACCUUACCAAGUGAAAGUGCUACGACAUUAUCACGGAGUUCUGGAUACAGUGAAUUAGGUCAUUCUGGGAUGGAUUUAAACAAUGUUCCGACGUCAAUAAACAACGUAGCAUAUACACGUCAAGUUUUACCUGGCCACGCCUCCACUUCAAGCAAUUUAAAUUCAGCAAUUGAUAAUACGGGUUCGAAUGUCACUCAUUCAAUGACUCAUCUUAAAUAUUACUCGGUGCAACACACUACUCCUAUGUCUUUAGCUACACAAAAUGUGAACCCUGCAGCUUCGCGGAGUUAUACUGUUGGAUCUGGGAUUCCGGUGGGAUAUCAAGCUAACUUACCCUAUUCUCAAACUCUCAAUAACUUGCCUCCAUCGCAGCACAUGGCACAACCUGUGUCACGUAACGUGAUGUCAAAUCCUGCGUUACGUAGUCAGUUAUCUCAGUUGCCACAGCAACCAUUACAUCAUCAAUCUGUGAUAGGACAACAAUUAUCAAAUGUGGGAAAUUUUCAACCAUCAUGGACAACAACCGGUGCAUCACAGCCUCAAAACUUUCAGAAUACAAAUGGAUAUCCAUCACAACAACAAUAUGUUUCUAACGUGACGAAAUAUCCAGUCAGUGCUCAAUCGGUUCCUAUGACAACUGAUGUAUCGAACAUGACGAAAUCAGACAGUUUGUACUCAACUCUGUCACAUUCCGGUAACGUCCCGAAUGUUAACACGCCCGGGACUGCAUCUUCUGUUCAGGGAUUCGGCCAUCUUGUUUCGUCACCAUACACUACUUUACAUCAAACUCCUUUUACGUCUAAUACUAGUUCAUAG